AUGGCAGCGCCCUUUGUGGUGAAACGCAGCUGGCAAGCGCAGGCAGAGCUUCAUCAACACUGGCCAAGCGUGGGCUCUCAGACUAUGGCACCGGCAUCCAUGCCAGACCCCGUGGACGCUGGACCCGUGUCCGGCAUCCAUCAAGCUCCGACACUGAAAACACUCUAUGCGGCCUAUUUGGAGCAUGGCUUUGGUUAG